GACUAAUAAGCAUCGUCUGCCGCCCGAGUUGUGACUGUUACGUGAUACUAGGCCCUGAUUGUGAUAACCAAACAACUUUGUUUAUUCAUUCAAUUCAAAAUUUUUUAAAUUAAUUAGUUAAUACUUAGGUUUGUCUUCAACGAAUGGCUUCUCCAAUUUGUGAAAAUGCUAUACACACACUGGGGUAAGCAGUACAGGGGAUGGUCACAUUAACUGUAGGGUGAGUCGUAAGCCGGUCGUGUGCGUGGGCACGAGUGAUCACAAGGUCAGUACAGUCACCUGAUAGCAGUGACCCCAUACUAUCAGUCACUCUCUCGCACAAUGACCACUCUCUAUCCAUUAUAUCCUACUGAAACUGACAAACGCUGAAACGCCUGCAGAGGGGCAGCCAGCCAAGAAGAAAAUGGACCUAGGAGUGAAUGUGUGUGAAGAUGCGUUUGGAGACGAUGGCACAGGUCAUGCCGUGCGCCGCUUCACUCUGACUAACGAGUACCGCAUGAGCGUACAAGUGAUCACCUAUGGCGCCACCAUCACCUGCAUCAAGGUGCCGGACAAACGGGGCAAUGUUGAUGAUGUUGUCCUCGGCUACGAUGAUAUGAGUGGUUAUCUGUCAAACACAAACCCAUACUUUGGAGCAACAAUCGGAAGAGUGACUAACAGAACUUAUCCAACAGAUUUUCUCUUCAACCAGCAACACAUUUCUCUCACCAAGAACGUGGGAGGGGUGCACCUGCAUGGGGGCUUCAAGGGAUUCGAUAAGGUGAUAUGGGAUGCGGUGAUGGAGGAGGACCGCGUAAUUAUGACAUAUCUCAGCCGGGAAGGAGAGGAGGGCUAUCCGGGUGAUGUGCUGACCACCGUCACCUACCAGCUGACAGCAGAUAACCGUCUGAUCAUCGGAGUGCGGGCCUCCGUCACCAAACCCACCCCCGUCAACAUCACCAACCACAGUUACUUCAACUUAGCAGGACAUGCCUCAGGAUCGAGUGGCCUACUUAACCAAUUUGUGUCAGUGAAUGCGGAUAAGUAUACCCCUCUUGAGAACUUUAUAGCCACUGGUUUAGGAGAGAUCCGAGAUGUGGCCGGGUCCGGGUAUGAUCUACGGAUUCCACAAAAGCUUUCUGAAGCUUUUAAGACUUUGGACACUGACGGUUACGACAUCAACUUCUGCCUGAACAACAGCAUCGUGCAACCAGGCUUCAACUUUGCUGCCAGACUGACAGACCCUGAGAGUGGUCGAUUUCUGGAUGUUCACACUGACCAGCCAGGUCUCCAGGUCUACACCAGCAAUGGAAUGCCCACCAUUAGAGGCAAGCGGGAUGCUACCUAUGGCAAGCACAGCGCCAUCUGCUUUGAGACUCAGAACUACCCCAAUGCCAUCAACAUUGAAAAAUUUCCAAACUCCAUCGUGAAGCCAGGCACGGACUAUGUUCACUACACAGCCUACUCGUUUGGCGCCAUCCCUGACCCGUUCUAAAUAUACAAAACUCUUUAAAGUUUCUACGAGCUUUAUAUUAAUUAUCAUAGUUUUUAUUUCACCUAAGUGGUUGAUGAUUUGCUUCAAGACUUUAGUCUAGAACUGUGAACGAACCAUUCCAGCACUAUAUUCCUAUUCCAUUAUUCUUUCGGCCAGCUGCUUCAGCUCUUAGUUGUACGUUAUACAUCACUAUGUGUUCAUUAUUGGAUCAUUUAUUAUUAAUAUGUGUUUUAAGACAA